AAAGACUCGCGAUAUUUGCUCCUGCUGAUGACUGGAGCAGUAGUGGACGUGAUAUGUCAACAAAACAGAUUAAUUAUCAACAAACAGGCAUGUAAGGUUGUACCAGUGUGGGUUAACGUGACUUCACCUGGUCAUCAACCUCUAGCUGCAUCUCCACCCACGGUCUCCAUGACAACUCCUCCGCUAGUAUCACCGUUUGGCGGGCCUCAACAGCAGCAGCAGGCCCAGGCAGCACGUGACGUCAACACGGCUUCGUUGUGUCGCAUUGGCCAGGAGACGGUCCAGGACAUUGUCCUCAGGACCAUGGAGAUCUUCCAGCUCCUUAGGAACAUGCAGCUUCCAAAUGGAGUGACUUACCAACUCAACACCCACCAGGACAGGCUGGGAAAACUCCAGGAACACCUACGCAUGCUUUCAGUGCUCUUCCGAAAACUGCGCCUCGUCUAUGAUAAAUGCAAUGAAAACUGUGCUGGACUGGAUGCCAUACCCCCAGAGCAACUGAUCCCCUUUGCAGAGGAUGACGGCACGAAGCACGAGGAUCGUUUGGCAAGUCAGAACCGGUCUGUCACUGAGGAGAGGCGAGAAAUCCUGGAGGUUAACAAGAAGCUGAAGAAGAAGAACCAGCAGCUUAAGCAGAUCAUGGACCAGCUCCGCAACCUUAUCUGGGAGAUCAACUCCAUGCUGGCGGUCAGGAGCUGAACGCUGGGUUUAACCUGGACAUGUGACACGGCUGCGCGGACUGACUACACUUUACGGCUGUCACUAUGAACCCGUUUCUUGGGAAAGAGGAACACCAGUAAGAUCAAGACAUGAAGGCAAAACUGCUUAAGAGAAAAGAGAGGUGAGGAGAGGUCUCCAAUAAGUCUCCUGACUGAAGAUAUCCAGUUUACUUCCAUGUCUUAAAUUUCAGUCAGUGUUCUGGCUUAAAAGAAAUCUGAAGUUGAUGUUAUAUUGUAUUCAUAAGAACUAGUACAGUUAGACAAAAACAUGUAUAUUUAAUCCCGAUGUUGUACAACGAAUUAGGCUCAUAAAUACUUGGACAUUGAUUAAGCGAUUGUUUUAUGCAGUUUACAGUGGUAUAUUUAAACCAAAUGCAAAUACAGUGACCUUAAAGUGAAGAUCCAGCUUUAAUUUGAAGGCAUGUAAAUCCAAAUUUGGUGAAUUUUGGACAAAACGUAAAUUAAAUUGUCAGAUGAGGUCUUCUAGCACAAGUUGGUGCUGUGUGUUGCUACAUCUAACACUCUACGGAAGUGCCAAAGCUGAGCUUGAGCUGCCAGGUGUUAAAUGUGCAUCCCUUGAGCCGAGUCCAGCUCCCGAGGUCCUCAGCAAUGAGGCAGCUGGAUGCUGGAUCAUGCUCAGUGAAUCACAUCACAAUAUGACCGUAGUGACACAGCAGAUGCAAGUAGUGUCCAUCAUCUAGGUCUCUUUAAGUAACCACCAUGGAUUACCCAGAGAGACUGGCUGCAGCCUCAGACACUGGCUUUGCCAUGAACUUCUGUUGACCUAUCUUUCUAUUUCAUAGUCUAAAGUCUUGGAGACAUGAAUGUCACUAUGGAAGUGAUUUUGGUACUCCAACCACAUGAACACAUUUCUGACGUAUGAGGUCAAGAAGUGAUUGAAAGCUUGGAUCUGGUCAGUUUCAACCCUAGACACCUGGGAGGAACUGUACCACAGGUUUCUAGAGUUGCACAUCCUGGUUUCCAGCUGCCCUAAGGGUCUGGACUUGGCACUAAGCCAUGUGCUGUAACUGAUUUGAUAUCUG